CCUCUCCCAACCGCCUUGGCUCGUCGAUGGAGUCCAACCCGAACACGGCGACGACGACAAAAGGACAAGAAAAUAGCCUCUUCUUCCUCUCUCUCCCCAUCGCCCAAAUUGGAUUCCCCUCUCGCGCUCCCGUCGCAAGCAACGACCAGGUGGCGAAACCCAUGUGCGUUUGAUGGAUGAUGACUGUUCCGAUGGAUAGUGCUACUGCAGCCCCGUCCUCGCGGGACCUCGCGGAGCGCCUCUUCAAGAAGAAUGGCGAACUCGAAAAUCAGCUCCGGAAGUCUGUGCAGUCCAAAGUUCCAUCAGAUCCCAACAUAUGGAUUCAGAUGCGUGACAACUUUGAGAAGAUAAUUGUGGCAGAUCAUGAUUUCUCUGAACAGCAGGAGAUAGAGUAUCAUCUCUGGCAGUUGCACUACAAAAGAAUUGAGGAGUUCAGGAGGAACAUUAUUUCUGCAGGCUCAGUUGCAGCUCAUAGCGGGAAGAGCAAUGCCAACCUGGAUCGAAUCAGGAGAAUUAAAUCAGCCUUCAGAAGCUUCCUUUCAGAAGCAACUGGCUUCUAUCACGACUUGAUGUUAAAGAUCAAAUCAAAUUAUGGCCUUCCACUGGGUUACUUUCCCGAGGGCCUUGAGAAUGCAGGCAACUCUGUGAGAGAUGACAAGAAAACAGCUGAAGUAAAGAAAGGCUUGGUGUCAUGCCACCGCUGUCUGAUAUAUUUGGGAGAUCUUGCCCGUUACAAGAGCUUGCAUGGCGAUGAUGAUUCUGCUAGUCGUGAGUAUGCCACGGCCUCUAGUUACUACAAGGAGGCAGCUUCCAUUUGUCCUUCCAGUGGCAAUCCUCAUCAUCAGCUUGCGAUACUAGCAUCUUACUCAGGCAAUGAGGUGGUGUCUGUUUAUAGGUACUUCCGAAGCUUAGCUGCUGAAACUCCUUUUGCUACAGCACGGGAUAACUUGAUUAUUCUUUUUGAGAAGAAUCGUCAGAGUUAUGCACAGCUGUCAGCCAACAAUAAAGGUCCCACAGCUAGGACAUUACCCCCGCGGUCAUCUGGGAGGGGCCGAGGACGGGGUGAAGCAAGGUUUCAGCCAAGAGAUGUUAGUACUGAAGCAGCUGCACGGGAACGAGAGUGCAGUGUUCCUGAAACAUUAAAGGCCUUCUAUGUGCGAUUUGUUAGGCUCAAUGGAAUUCUUUUCACAAGGACUAGUUUGGAAACAUUUGGGGAGCUGUUUGCUUCAGUCAGCAAUGAUCUGCAGAUUCUUCUUUCAUCCGGUCCUGAGGAGGAGCUCAAUUUCGGUUCUGACACUGUAGAAAAUUCAUUAGCUGUUGUUAGACUUACCGCCAUCCUUAUAUUCACAGUGCACAAUGUAAAGAAAGAGCCCGAUAGCCAAUCGUAUGUUGAAAUUGUGCAACGCAGGGUACUGCUUCAAAGUGCAUUUACAGCUGCUUUUGAGUUUGUUGGACAAAUUCUCAAAAGGUGUUCACAGCUUCGUGAUAUUGCAUCAAGUUUCUACCUGCCAGCCAUUAUGGUCUACAUUGAAUGGCUGGCGUCCCAUCCAGAGUUGGCUGUUGAUUCAGAGAUGGAGGAAAAGCAUGCGAAUGCCCGAUCUUUCUUCUGGAACCAGUGUAUCUUGUUCAUGAAUAAGCUGAUCCUUACGGACCUUGCGUCGAUUGAUGGUGACAAUGAUGAAGCUUGCUUUUCUAAUAUGAGCACGUAUGAGGAGGGUGAAACUGGCAACAGGCUUGCUUUGUGGGAAGAUCUUGAAUUAAGAGGGUUUUUGCCCUUACUUCCUGCUCAGAUCAUUUUGGAUUUCUCAAGCAAACAGACGUUUCGAAAUGUUGGAAGCACCAAGGAGAAGAAAGCACGGGUUCAACGGAUUUUUGCCGCAGGGAAAUCACUGCUGAAUUUUGUUCAGAUUGAUCAACUGAGGAUAUAUUUUGAUCCAUCUUCUAAGAAGUUUGUCAUGGCCGAGAAGCCUCCUGUUUUUGAAGCUAACACCCCUCCACAUGAAUCUUUAGAUGCACUUAAAAUGAGUGCCAGUAAACUUGAUCAAGCUGCAAGAAGAUUUGACUCAGUUUCUGCUAAUCUGGGCGUGCUUCAGUCAAAAGUGCAGUUGUGUCCUGAAGGAGAUGACGAUGAAGAAAUUGUUUUCAAGCCUAUAGCUUCCGAGAAGUUUCCGAAAACUCCUUCAGAGCUAUCUGUUAAUGGAUACGCCCAGCCUGUACAAAUGUCUGCUGCUGGUUGGCCAACCAAUGGUGGGUCAGUUUCUGUUCAGAGCACUACAUCAAUGUCUGCUGCUAGUUGGCCAACUAAUGGUAUGUCAGUUUCUAUUCAGAGUACCGGACCUGUAUCAGCUGCUGGCAAUUAUAACAUUAACCAGUCACUACCUAUGUCUUCUAUUAGUUGGGCUGUCAAUGGUGAGCAAAAGGUGAUUCCUAGCAUUGCUCCAAGAUAUGAAUUUGUGCAGCCUGUUGACGUGCCUGCUUCCAGCUGGGCAAGCAAUGGUACACUGCAUGUUGGUCCUCAGAACGCUAUUUCAACUUUCCCAGAUGUUGUCUUUGACCCACGAGCAUCUGCACCAAUGGUUCCACGCUUCAGUAGCCCUGAUUAUUCAAAAUUGCUCAGGGAACAAGAGUUACUUUUAAUGAGUGGACUGAAGAAUGUCAACAUAACUGGAAAUGGUUAUCUGGAGCAGAGGUUGCAGGGUGGAUUGAGUGGUUUACAGCCCAUGGGGUAUUCACCUCAGAUAUCUAUUGAAUCUUGUGGUAACAUUACAAAUUUGAUACAUAAUCAAGUGAAAGCUACUGGAGAGACUAUCCCAUCUACGCUUGAUUCAGUUGUACCAUCAGUAGCACCUUCAAAUGGUGUGACACUCAGGUUCACUGAAGCACCGCUUGUUGCAUCAAAGAAGAACCCUGUUAGUCGUCCAUCAAAGCCUGUUGGUCCUCCUCCAGGAUUUAACCAUAUUACCCCAAAGCGUCAGGAUGAUUCUAUUUCAGUCGAGAAACUGCAGAACCCACAGGUUGAUGAUUACAGCUGGCUGGAUGGUUAUCAGCCGUCAUUGGACUGUGUUAAUAACUUAAAAGCUGUUUAUCCUGAUGUGAGUGCUACUAGCACUGCAUUCACCACUCCAUUCCCUUUCCCUGGUAAACAGCAGCAGGCCUCUGGGAUGCAUAACCAUGGGGCCAAUGAGAGGACAUGGCAAGAUUUCCACCUUUUUGAGCCUGCAAAACAGAAUAUGUUUCAGAAUUACCAGCAAAGAAAUCAGCAAACUGGUCAAAUGGCUGAACAAGAGUCAGCAAAUCCUAUCUGGUCCAGCCGUUACCUUGUGUGACUUAGUAGCUUGUUUCCAGGAUGAUUGCUGAAGUUGCUGGGGAUCCAUUGGAGGAAGUGGCACAGCUUGACCCCCUACUGAGUUCGACCCAUACCCGGCAGCCCUCUCUCAUAGUGUUAAAUUUCUUUUGGAGAAUGUUGGUCUUUGAAGCAUUACAACUGCCGCUGUUAGGUUUGGGUGAGCCACAUUGUUUGGGCCAGACAGGGGUGGAGGAUGAUUGAUCUGUGGCAGUCUGAUGAGAAUGAAUUGUAUUGCGAAGUCUUAGAUGCUCAGACAUGAAGGUUUGACCGAACUCGAAUCCAGUGGUUAUAGGCACGGCCCGUAUGCUUCAUCUCUCAUCGGACGACUACCUACCACAAGAAUGGUGCCAGUGGAUGGUUGCUGCAGCGACUAAAAGGCCAUUCAAUGUGGAUGUCUGUUCUUGGUUCUACUAUGCCUGUCUAUGGUACUUAUGAAUAAAAGUUGAGGAACAACUAGCAUGUCGGUCGAAGUACACUCCAUCUUGUUAUUUUGCUCAGUUUGUGCCGUUUGGUAACAAUAUGUUGGUCGCUGUUUCACUAGUUACCUACUUUAUGACUGUAACAGUUUGUCAUGGUAUUUGUGUGGCACCUAUGCCCUGAACUGUAUGGACCAGCCAUCGUCUUAUGAUGUCUAUGUGAUAUGAGACUGUACACUUUAUAUGGUUUCCAUUGAGCUUGUCGAGUCGUUUGUGUUA